AUGUUAACAACUGACUCUAUAACCGCAUCGCAAUUUACUUUCAUGAUCAGUUAUUCACAUAGUGAUAAAAAUAUAUGUCAUAAACUAUAUCAACAGUUAACUGAUCAUAAUUUUAAAGUAUGGAUCGAUUUAGACGGUAUUUAUGCCGGAUCAUGGGAUUCUAUGGCACGUGGAAUUGAUCAAUCAAAAUUUGUGCUUAUAUGCAUGUCUGAAGCAUAUGAAAAGAGUACAACUUGCCAACGUGAAGCAGAUUAUGCGCACAAUCAACGUUCGAACAUUAUCCCGUUGGUUGUUUCUAAAGGCUAUCGUGCAAAAGGUUGGCUAGGAAUACUGAUUGGUGCUCGUAACUAUACCGACUUUACAAAAACUGAUUUCGAUACGGCGUAUGAAAAAUUAAUGAAAGAGAUUGCGAAUCAGACACCCGGUUUUCAUGUUCCUCUAUCUCGAAAAAGUUUCGAACCUUCACAACCACUAACAGAAUCGAAUGGAGUUUCGGAUACUCAUCUUGAAAUUAUAAAAUGGUCAGAGAAAAAUAUACAAGAUUUUUUACGUGAUAAAAAAUUGACUCUAAUGAUACCUAUUAUGAAAAAUAUUAACGGAGAGCAAUUGAUCGACUUAUAUAAGAGAAGUAAGAAUAAUUCGACGACCGUAUACGAUUCACUCAAUUCACAAUUACGAGAGACUAACAAAAUAACUCUGCCACGUACUAUUUAUUCUGGUUUUAUUAAUGAGAUAGAGAAAAUCAUUUCAACCUCUUCAUCGACAACAACACAGAAAAAUAUUAAAUUAAGAAAUGAUGAACGACGAGCGUCAUCUUUUAAAUAUGAUAUUAUGAUUGACAAUUGUUGGAAAGAUAAAAAUAUAGCGUCCGCCAUACGAAAGCAUUUAAUCGAGGAUAAUUAUUCAGUAUGGACAUAUACAGAAGAUUUACACGGUAAUAUAUGGGCCGGAGUAGCUAGUGCUGUAGACAAUUCCAAAAUCAUAAUUAUUUGCAUGUCAACAGGAUAUAAUGAAAGUAAAAAUUGUCACCAUACCGCUGAUUAUGUUGAGAAAUCAAGACGUUCUGUAAUUCCAGUUGUAGUAGAAUCUGGAUUCUCCGCAAAAGAAUGGUUAAAGAUUAUGUUCGGUGGCCUGAGAAGUAUUGAUUUUACAGAACAAGAUUUUGAGAGCGCUUAUAAGGAGUUACUUCGUGAGGUAAACUAUCACAACUGUUAAAACCCAUUUCGAAUUUGUUAGAGAAAAAUUGUUUGUUCUGCAGUUUAAGCACCGAUAAUUGUUCUACUAGUUUCUCUACUCGGCUUGUCCAGCUAACAGUUCUGUUUUUUCGCUCUUUUUCAAAAAAUUAUUGCAGUAAAGCUACAAACUAAUCUAAAAUUGCAACUAGAUAAUUAAAUAGAUUAAACAUUUCUUUAUAAAAUGAAAAGUGGUUGAACUCUGACUGUUGAUUCCUCAGCUGAUGUCAAAUCUAAAUAGGUUACAUGUUUAGAUUUUUUCCAGUAUUCCAAUGUUUUUCAUACUGAUAUAAGAAUAUUUAUUAUGUAUGGUAUGUGUCUCUUGCGGAGCAGAGAAUCUGACCGUCAGAUAAUCUUAUAUGUUGAAUAUUCAGAUUUGAAUAUACUUGAAGUAUGGUCUGUCUUUCUU